AUGAAACAGCUGGAGAUUUGCGGAACUCUUUUAGAAGAGUAUCCAGAUUUCUUAGGAAUAUUAACUCACGUGGAAAAGGAAGUCGACGAGGUUCAACGCAAGUCAAAAAUGAAUUCAUUGAUGGUGAAGACAUAUAGAAGACUUUCAGGCUCCCUCACUUUGAAUUCUCCCAGAGUUGAAACAUUAAAUUAUCUUAAUAUUAGCAAGUGUGGAUAUCUCAAAAUUUUGUCAGUGGCAUCUGAUCUUAUAGAGCUUGAAGAAUUGAGCAUUAGUGGAUGCCCUAUGCUCGAGGAGCCAGAUGUUGGCCAUCUGAGCUGCCUGAAAAAGAUAAGAAUCGCAGAUUGUAAUAUGAAUAGUGUACCAGUAAUGUCCAGUUUUAUGAUGCUCGUAGAGAUGAAUGUUAGUAGAUGUCCAAACCUUCAUGAGUUAUGUCUUGCAGAUCUGAGUUGGCUGAAAAAACUUAUAGUUCACCACUGUGAUCAUUUGAAAAGUGUAACAGGACAAUCUCAUCUCCUAAAUCUUGUAGAAGUUAGCGUUUCUUGGUGUUGGAUGCUACUGCUGGACCCGUGCUUGGCGGGUUUGAAUCGUCUCAAGAGCAUAACACUUGAUAGGUCUGUCAAGAUGAAAUGUUUGGAGCUGAACGAUUGUAAAGAUCCGGAAACAGUAUCAGGAAUAUCUUUCGAAAUGAUUCGAGGGGUGAACAUUUGUGGUUGUCCAGAGCUUAAGAAUUUUCCAGUUAUUUGCGGUCCAAAUCACAUGGAGCGGAUUAUAUUUAAUGGAUAUCGGAAGCUCAAUUACCUCACUUUGACUGAUUGUAGAAUUUUGAAGAGUAUAUACGGUAACUUUGAUCUGGUUGGAUUAUCCAUAUCGGACUGUCCAAUGCUUCAAGAGCUGCCAUCUCUGGGGCGUGUAAUUUACCUUGAAGAGAUUCGCAUUCUCAAGUGUAGGAACCUGAAAACCAUGAUUUUGCCAAGAAGUCUGAAGCGUCUUGAGUUAAAAUGCUUGCAGGGAACUCAAAAAUAUACCUGCAAUAUCUACUCUUAUGCAGUUGUGUAG